AUGCUCAAUUCGUUCAAAAUCACAAUCAUAGAGUGUCUUCAAUUAUUCACAUCGUUACUUCUGCUUUCAAUCUUUUCAUGUGCACAGCGUGGCUCUUCAAGAGAACGAAAAUCCCAACGAGGAAACAGUGAUAUUUCAGUAUCACAAACACAGGUGUCAGAACGACCAUCAGAGCGCGAUCAGAAAAGGAGUGAGGUUAGUCAAAGGAAGCAAAGGAAUGAUGUACAGGACUCAAUCCGAAUGUUCCGUGGCCGAAAGCCCCCUCAAAAAGGAAAGCCGGCAAUGGAGAUAAAGUCAGAGCGAUCAGAUUCACAGCACACGCUCACCAUCACUGUUCCACUGGGAAAAGCUUCAAGAAACGAUCAACCGCCUUCCAAUUUGACUGAGGAAGCCGCGAAGAAAGUCGCCGGAACUGGAAGAAAUGAUGGGAAAAAGGUGCAAUUUGCUGAGAAGUUGGUGAACAAAACAAAAUCACCAUCAACUGGACCGUCUACGUCGAAGAAACUACAAAAAUCUCAGAAAACUCAAAAAUCAUCCAAAAAGUCGCAGAAAAAAUCGAAGAAGAGUAAGAAAUCUUCAAAAAGUAAGUGA